AUGAAGCACACGUGUCGAAGUCGUGAUGAAUUCAUUCACAUGCUUCCAAGGUUGAACGUGAUGGAAGACUUUCACAACAGAUUGGCGAAGGUCGAAGUCGGUGAAAGAACACCCACCAGGGACACUGGAAAGGUGCUCAUGCUUGUCGGACCCACGGGAUCAGGCAAGAGUACUCUGAUCGAUAGUAUUGCGAAUUACGCAUACGGAGUGAAGUUGGAAGACGAUUUCAGGUUGAAGUUAAUCGAGGACAGCGAUGUGUCACAGUCUGAAAGCCAGACCAAGUGGAUCACGGCAUACGUCCUCCACAAGAAAGAGGGAUUCGCUCUACCCUAUACGUUGACCGUCAUCGAUACCCCAGGGAUUGGCGAUACUACUGGUUUGAAAGCAGAUGAAGAUUUGAGGCAUCAGAUUCAAAAAUUCUUCUCUCAAGGCGGAUCCCUAGGCGUAGAUCAGAUUGAUGGAGUAGGUUUCGUUGUCUGGGCCUCUCAAGCCAGGCUCACGGCCUCCCAACGGUAUAUCUUCGAUUCCAUCCUCGCCAUUUUCGGGAAGGAUGUCGAACGCAACAUAUAUGUGUUUGCUACCUUUGCGGAUGACCACAAGCCUGCCGUUCUAGAGGCCCUGAAAAGAGCAGGCAUUUCAUGCAGAAAUGUUUUCAAUUUCAACAAUGCUGCUAUCUUCAGACGGAAGAACGAGACUGAUUAUGAGUUAACUGAGUUAUUUUGGAAAUUCACAACCAAAAGCUUUGAAAAAUUGUUCAACAGUUUUCAAGAAGAACCAGUGAGUCUGACUCUGACGAAGGCAGUUCUGAAGCAGAGAGCUUAUUUGGAAGAACAACUCCAAGGCAUCUUACCACAGCUCAAGAUAUCUAUGGCAACAAUGGAACAGCUGAGGGAAAAAUGUGCUGCACUGAAACAGAACGAAGCUGAGGAAGAUUCAAACAAGCAAUUGCCCUUCACAUCUAAGGAUCCAAGGCACCAAGAGUUAUUCAUGGAAUCUGGAAGAGAACGUGAGACCAACCAGAAUUGCUUCUACAUCGAUGGGGGAGAGGAAAUGAAUAAUUGCCCUGAGUUUAAGAAAUCGGGUAAGAUAGACUCUGAAAAGCAAAUAAAUGUCACAGGGACUCUGCAGGAGCUUGUUAUGAAAUUCAAGAGAGAAAAAGUAAAAGUCCUGAUGCUGACCAAGAAGGCACACGAAUGCUUGCAAGAACUCGAUAAAAUAGCUCUGAAGCCUGAUUUGUUGAAUAUCACGGAUUACAUUGAUAUUUUGAUAGUAGGAGAGAAAAAUGAAGCCAAACCUGGUUUUAUUCAGAGGAUCAAAUACCUUCAAGAUACAAGGGAAAAAGCGCAAUUGCUGGAAGUACUCAAGAAUGACUCUGAUCCUUAUGGGAAAUACUUAGGGGAAUUUGAGCAAGAAGUGGAUAUUUCCUUAUUCGACACAGAUCCCAUCAACGAUUGAACAAUUUUUCCCCGUUCCACACAUGCCAAUAUGACAUGAAAUUUGAAACGCUUUGCUUUCGGGACAUUGACCAAACAGCGGUUCCACAGAAUCCUGUAUGCAUGUUAUUUUUAACUUUCUCUUCAAAAAUAGGUGC